UUCACUCCUUCUCCUCUUCCAUUCCUCAUCCUCAUCCUCCAUUCCUCCUCCUUACUCCUCCUCUUCAUUCAUUCCUACUCAUCAUCAUCAACCCCUCCCCCACCCCUCCUCUCUCCGUCCUCCGCCAUCAUCCUCAAUCCUCCUCCUUCUCACUCCUCUUCCUCAUCCAUUGCUCCUCCUAACUCCUAACAACCACCGAGAAUAUCUUUGGUCUCCUAUCGGUGAAAUCUACCUUCACCAACGUCGGGUCCCAAGGAACUUUUAAGUUUAAGUUUAAGUAACUUUAUAAUGAACGAUUAUUUGAAGGUUUCUGGUUCGUACGAUUCAUACGGAAUUCAUACCAUUUUCAGCCAAUAGGAGAGCCAGCUCGCAUUACGUCAUUACAUCACGCCGUUGAUAAUUCCUCAUUCAUUCUCUAACACCACUUCCCUGCUCUUAUCUAAUCUUUAACAUGGCUCCCAAAAUGAGAAGCAGUAAUGUUCUGCGUUAUAUUGAGAGUGCGGGACUCUCUGAGGAUCUCAGCGAGUUUGAGAGUGAGAACGUAUCGGCAGGGUCUCGCUUGGCCACCAAGAAUGAGACGGCAGUUCAUGUAGAGAGCACAGCUCGUCUAUAUGAACUCCGUCUUAUUCAGAUGGAGAAAUUCGCCAUACGAGAGAAGGACACGGCUAUUCUUUUUGGUGAAAAUAGCCGUCCAUUUAGGGCGGCUACUAUCAAGACCUUUCUCGAAUACUUAGGCGAACCGAAGGGCACCAAAAUUGGCAGUCUCGCCUGCAAGGGUCUGGCGCCACCUUCCAUAAAAGGAAUGGAAGCAGCAUUAAGGUAUUAAUAUUAAUAUUUUUAAUAUUGAAAUGUUAAUGUUUUUCCAGGUUUUUAUUUUAUUUAUUUACUAGAUAUUUUCAUAGUUGGCUCUUCCAACAGAGAUGGACGGGCAAUUUUUUUUGUCAUUUUUAAAUUUUAAGCCCUGAUUAUAUUUUAUAUAAACUCGUACAACAUGUUUAUAAUGCUUUACACAAUUCAAAGAUUGCAAAACACUCACUACUCUUUUCUAUUUUGUGUGCAUAAAGUAGAUAUCUAACUCUCCCUUGCUGUACCUCUUGAUAUUGUGAUAUUUUCUGAUACUGUUUUGUGAUAUUUUCUG